GCCACCUCCGCCAAUUCAACGGCGACCUCCGCGCAGCACGCACUCGUGCGCUCUCGAUUUACUCUCGUCUACGUUACGCGAUGCUCAUGGCGGCGAUUCAUACUUAUCAGAACCUUGGUGUUGAUCAGAAACUGACACACCUCCAAAAUCAGGCGCCUAGAAGGCUAGCACCUGCUCCGGUGGACGCGGGCCGAUGCAAGAAGAGAUCUUAUCUGCAUCAGCCCUAUCCAUCUCAACCUGCUUCAGUGGCUCGCAGGAAUGCCAGGGAAAGGAAUAGAGUGAAGCAAGUCAAUAAUGGAUUCGCAGCGCUCCGGCAACACAUACCGUCGGCAAUCUCCGCAGCAUUGGCCGGCGGGCGAGGAUCCUCUAGGAAGCUGAGCAAAGUGGACACUUUGAGACUGGCCGUGGAAUAUAUUAAAAGUUUAAAGCGCUUAUUAGAAGAGAGUGAAGAUGGAUGUUCGGACUCACAAUUAGGGAUGACCUUGACCACGAGCGGCUCUCAAACCCCACCUUCAUCUGAAGAAUCUCAUUCACCUGCCCCGUCUCUUGUUUCGGAGAGUUCGGCGGGCCCGAGUUGUCACGACGCAUACGACUUUUACGAGCCGAUGAGUCCUGAAGAUGAAGAACUUCUGGACGUCAUAUCCCACUGGCAACAACAAUGA